AUGGCGCUCACAAAGGGCGACAGUCUGACCUCCACGACGGAGCAGGUGCCCAUAGAUCCUGAAAAUGUCAAUUUGUCAGAGGAAAAGAAGGGCACGGCGAAGGAUCAGAAGGACAUGUGGCGGAUGGGAAAGGCGCAGGAGAUGAGGCGCAACUUUCGAUUCGUGUCAAUUCUUGGGUUCACCAUGUUGGUGAUGUGCUCGUGGGAGACAAUGCUAGGAACUUCGAUUAUCGGCCUUAUCAAUGGAGGCACUGCUGGUCUCAUCUGGCUCUUCCUGGUUUGCUGGGUAUCAUUCAUGGCCGUCAACACAUCCAUGGCCGAAAUGGCAUCCAUGGCACCAACGUCCGGCGGCCAAUACCACUGGGUGAGCGAAUUCUCGCCCCGGAAGUACCAAAAGUUCCUCAGCUUCAUCACUGGUUGGCUCUGCGUCUUGGGCUGGCAAACCGGUGCUGCGAACACGGCCUUCCUGGCUGGCACACAGAUCCAAGGACUCAUCAUCCUCUACAACCCGACAUAUGUGCCCGAAAGGUGGCAUGGGACACUGUUGACCUUUGCUGUGGCCCUGUUUUCCGUCGUAUUCAACACGUUCUUGGUCAAGAAACUGCCUAUGGUCGAGGGCAUUGUUCUUAUCAUCCACGUCUUCGGCUUCUUCGCCGUCCUCGUCACACUCUGGGUGCUCGGUCCACGGGGUAACGCAUCAGAGGUCUUCACAACCUUCAACAACUACGGCGGCUGGAGCAGCGACGGCCUUUCGGCGAUGGUCGGCAUACUGGCUGUCAUGAUUCCCUUGCUGGGCGCAGAUGGCGCGGUCCACAUGUCUGAAGAACUUCGGGACGCCGCUCGAGUGCUUCCCAAGGCCAUGAUCGCCACUACAUUCUUCAACGGGUUGAUGGGAUUUGUGACAAUCAUUACGUUCUGCAUGGUCUUGGGCGACCUGGACACUGUCAUUGCCACCCCGACCUUCCAGCCUUACAUUCAAGUCUUCUACGAUGUCACCCAGAGCUACGUCGGUGCCUCCUUCCUCAGCGCUCUCGUCAUCAUCAUGGCCAUGUUCUGCAAUCUGUCCAUCACAGCUACCGCCUCUCGACAACUGUUCGCCUUCGCUCGCGAUCAGGGCGUACCAUACGCAAAGUUCUUCGCAUACGUCCGGCCUGGAUGGGAUGUCCCGAUGAACUCGAUCAUCGUCUCCUUCGUCGUCUCGUGUCUGCUGUCCCUCAUCAAUAUCGGCAGCACGAUUGCUCUGAACAACAUUACAUCGCUCUCGCUUUGCGCCAUCCUAUCGUCCUACAUCAUCUCAAUCUCCCUAGUCCUCUGGCGCCGCCUCUUCAACCUCCCACUCCUGCCAGCACCCUUCACACUCUCCAAGCCCGUCGGCAUCCUCCUCAACGUCUGGUCGCUCGCUUUCCUGUGGAUCGCAUUCAUCUUCAGCUUCUUCCCCGGCACAUAUAACCCGACUGUGGCGCAGAUGAACUGGGCGUGCUUGAUCUACGGCGCCACGAUGAUCUUUGCACUCUUGCAUUACUACCUGCCUGGUGGUGCAAGGACUGUCUACGAUGGGCCGGUGGAGUAUGUGCGGAAGAUGCAGUGA